AUUCCCGGUGUGCUCCGCGUUCCUUUGCAACUUGUGGGGUUCACCUCUCGCCCCGCUCCCUUCAGCUUGGGAGGGCAAAAGAAAAGAAAACAAAAUCCAUCCCGGGUUUUCCUUCCCGCUCCCCUUCUGUACCUCGGCUAUGCAAUGUGGAGCACGUUUCUCUCUUGCUCUCUCGCUCGCGCUGUGUGUGCGUCUCUCUCCAGGAUUUCUUCCUUGUCUAUAUUUCAGGAGGCUGCUCUUGUGGCAAGGCUGUGCGGAGCAGAGGUUUCCCCCGGAUCCCCUUCUCGAGACAAGUCCUCCGUUCCUUGAUGUCUGUCUCUCACAAACACAAGCACAGCCUAGCACCCGCCGAGCCAUCCCUCCCCGCACAGGCAGCCGGGCAGUGCUUUCCCCGCCACCUUCAGCCUAAGCGCGGCUCAGUGGCUCCGGGAUUUCAGCGGCUCCUCACUCUCGAGGACUCCGAUGGCAGCGCCAAACCGGCGCUGAGCCUCUGUGGACUCUAACAGUACCGGCCAAGGAGAAGGGAGGGAGGAGGAGAAAGGGGGCGGGGGGGGCUCACCGCCACUGCCUUCCUGCCACCGUCUUCCUCCCCAGCCGGCUUCUCAAAGUUUGCCUGGGCGCUUCGAGGGGGGUCUCCUUUGCUCCUUCCCCUCGGGGGUGGGGUCUUCUGAUUUGCACUUCGCGCUGGAGGGCUCAGCUCGGCGCUUUUUGGAGGAAGAGGAGGAAGAGGAGGAGGAAGCGGAACGAUUCCCUAGGAUUUAUUCUUCAACUGGAUACACACACACACAAUAUUUAAACAAAUUGGGAGGUGUCUCUUGGGGGGAGGGGUGUGUGUAAUCCCCCCUCUUUUUGGGGGGCACCAUGGUUCCUUGGAUCGGGGCGCUGCUUUGGGCUCUCCUCGGGCUGUUGCUGUCACUUUGCGCUGGAGCAGCUGACGUGAAAGCUCGGAGCUGCGGCGAGGUGAGGCAGGCGUACAGCACCAAAGGAUUCAGCCUGGCCAACAUCCCCUAUCAGGAAAUAGCAGGGGAACACUUGAGAAUCUGCCCUCAGGAAUAUACAUGCUGCACAUCAGAAAUGGAAGACAAGCUAAGCCAGCAAAGCAAAUUGGAAUUUGAGAACUUGGUGGAUGAGACGAGUAACUUUGUACGCACCACCUUUGUGUCCAGGCACAAGAAAUUUGAUGAAUUUUUCCGAGAACUCCUGGAGAAUGCAGAAAGAUCCUUAAAUGAUAUGUUUGUACGGACAUAUGGCAUGCUGUACAUGCAGAAUUCGGACGUGUUCCAGGAUCUCUUCAUAGAACUGAAGCGAUAUUAUACGGGAGGCAAUGUCAACUUGGAAGAAAUGCUGAAUGACUUUUGGGCUCGGCUACUAGAGCGAAUAUUUCAGCUGACAAACCUCCAGUAUCACUUCUCGGAGGACUAUCUGGAGUGUGUAAGCAAAUACACAGACCAGCUCAAGCCUUUCGGAGACGUACCCAGGAAACUGAAGGUUCAAGUGACAAGAGCUUUCAUCGCUGCCAGAACCUUUGUUCAGGGACUGACCGUAGGCAGAGAAGUUGCUAACAGGGUAUCUAAGGUCAGCCCUACCCCAGGCUGUAUCCGUGCAUUAAUGAAGAUGCUAUACUGCCCUUACUGCCGAGGACUUCCGAAUGUGAAGCCUUGUGACAACUAUUGCCUCAACGUCAUGAAGGGCUGCCUUGCAAACCAAGCUGAUUUGGAUACCGAAUGGAAUCUCUUCAUAGAUGCUAUGCUUCUGGUAGCAGACAGAUUAGAGGGACCAUUCAACAUUGAAUCAGUUUUGGAUCCUAUUGAUGUCAAGAUUUCUGAAGCCAUCAUGAACAUGCAAGAAAAUAGUAUACAAAUAUCAGCAAAGGUCUUUCAAGGGUGUGGACAGCCUAAACCAGCUCCAGGUUUAAGAACCUCCCGCUCCAUUCCUGAUAACUUUAAUGCGCGAUUUCGGCCCUAUAACCCUGAGGAAAGACCAACAACAGCUGCUGGUACAAGCUUGGAUAGGCUGAGGAAUAUCUGGAGGACAAUGCAACAUGGUGUUACCGACAUUAAAGAUAAACUGAAGCUUUCCAAAAAGUUCUGGUCAACGUUACCAUAUACAAUUUGCAAAGAAGAUGAGGUGACAGCUGGCCUGUCAAAUGAAGAGGACUGCUGGAAUGGGCAUACCAAAGCUAAAUAUCUGCCAGAGAUUAUGAAUGAUGGACUUACCAACCAGAUCAACAAUCCUGAAGUGGAUGUGGACAUCACCAGGCCUGACACCUACAUACGUCAACAAAUCAUGGCCCUGAGAGUCAUGACUAACAAACUCAAGAAUGCAUACAAUGGAAAUGAUGUGAACUUUCAGGACACGAGCGAUGAGACCAGUGGCUCAGGAAGCGGAAGCGGUUGCACCGAUGACAUUUGUCCAACAGAGUUUGAGUUCAUCACCACCGACGCGCCACUCGUUGAUUCUGACAGGAGGGAAGUGGACUCUUCAGCAAGCCGUUCCAGCCAAUCAGUGCUCACAUGGUUCCUUGUUUGUCUUGCCCUUCUACUGCAAAGACAGUGCAGAUAAUCCUGGCUUUGGUCAGAGAUGACUAUCUUUUAGCUAUUGAAACAUAAAAACAGCCAACUUUCUCCUUUUCUUAUGCUCUUGGACUAUGGACCAUGCCACAAACACGUACCGUUUUCUACAAAAAAACAAAAACAAAAAACAUGAGAGCGGCACAGCCACCGGCUCCCCUUUGUGCUUUCCCAAAGAGUACCAGGUGCCAGACUGAACUGUUUCCUGUUUCAUUCAGAGAGCUGUGCAGACAAUGGUCCGCUCCUAUGAGAGUUCAGAUUUUUCUCAGAUUUUUAUGACAGGAGACAUUUCCGAGCUUCAUUUGCUUUUAUGCUGCAGGAAGAAAGGAGGGGGGGAAGGGUGGGGGUUCCAAGGUGUAGUUUUUCCUUUACAAAGCAAAAGAGAAAAGAAACAAAGAAUAGAAAUGUCCAAAAUCAGGCUAAGCCCAAGGUCUAACACACACACAAAAUAUAACUUAAAUAGAUAUAGAUAUAGAUAUAUAAAAUCCAAGGAGGAGGCGAGACCUUCUUUCUGGGGUGCUUCCAUAUUGCACUUCAGGUCACCAAAAUGAUCUUUACCGUUGAGGGAAUAUCUCUGAGUUUUGUUUUCUUUUUGUACCACAGAAACAAGUGUAUGUUUUGCACUCCAUUGGCCAAUAGGUUUUAAAAAAAGGAAAACUUUGAGUAAUAGAGUUCCUCUCAGAAUACUCAUGUUGUUUAGUCUGGUUCUUCUUUGAAUUCUAACACUCUUUGUCCUAGUCGGUUAUUUAGCCACCAUAGGUAAUUUACACACAGGAGUCCACCAGAUUGCCCAUCAUCACCAGUUUGUAGGGAAGUCUAAUAAUUGGACAGGAACAAUUAAUCUCUUGUGAUAUAAUCUCUGCAGGUUUGGCAUCCAGUAGUGUUUUUUUUUUCUGCAGCUACCUUCAUUACCUAACCAAAAUGGCAGUUCCUGAAGGAACUGAUAACAGUAAUUGGAUAAAUAUGUUAGUUUUGCAUAGAAACGGCAUCCUUCGUAUCUAUUAGUUUCUGUAUCAGAAGGGUACUCUGUUGCUAAAAUGUUGACACAAAUAUAUAUAUAUAGUACUGACAUGGAAAAUUUCUUUCACUUUUUUAGUCUUAGUAUGAUCAUCUAUUUUUAUAUAUAUAAAUAUAAAUAUAUAUAUAUAUAAAUCACAGAUUUUAACUUCUUAAUUACAAGCUCAGGGUUGACACAUCUUUGUAAGGAAAAAAAUGUUUUGUCAACCAGCUUUUAUUUUUGUUCUGCUGCUUGGGAAAAGGAAUCCUUUGAUGGCUGGCAAGCGCAAGCAUCCAAGAAGAGAACUUUUUGCAUUUUCAGUUGCCUGUUUCUUUACUGAGUCGCAGUGGGGGGUAGCGCUGCUGCUAGCCUCUUCUAUGUGGGCGCAUUUGUGUGGGUGUGUGAGAUACUUCCAUGGAACUCCAUGGAACGGUGUGACUUGGUGAUGACAAUUGUACUCUUACAUGUUUUAUUUUCAAAAAAUCCAUUUGAACUGCCUAUAUGUUUAUUAUAAUCAUAAUACACCUGGUUUGCAUUGGGAUAGCAUGAACUGAUGCGCAAGAAUGUCUCAAAGCCCAGGGCUGUGAUCCUGCUCCCAUACAGUGUCACUGUAUGCCUCCCCUCUCUUGCCAUGCUCCUCUCAUGCCUGAUGUACCACUGCCGCCAUUCACAGCAAGUCAAAGCUCUCCUGAGUCAUACCUGGAAGCAUCCAGUCAUUGGCUGUUUACCAGGCCCCAGUGUUGCCCAUGCAUGGCUGAGCUGAAGUGGGCCAUUGCAUACCACAGGAUGGGGUGCUGGAGGGCCUUGGCUUGUUGGGAAUGGCUGCAAACAACAGUGUACCCUCCAUGGGGGAAGCAUGACAAGGGAGAUGGGGUCGAUACAGAUGUCUUAGCCUCUAUGUGCCCCUUAGUCUAUGGCACAGCGGAACCAGGAUUUCAGCCCAGGUGACUAAACCUAAGCAAGCAAGCUGAAACUUGGCCCUCCCUACCUAAACUAGCGGGAUUGAAAAGGGCUUCUGUGGAGCUGCUGGUUAUCAAUGGAUUGCCCACUUUUGAUGAUCCUUCCAGUGGUGAUAAAGGAAAAGGUUAGUGAAACACUUUCAAGAAAGCAACUCACAUUGCAGUUAAGGCAUUGACUGUGUAAAUUGUACAUGUUUCAAAAAAUCGUUUCCUCGUCUAAUUAUAAUUAGCUAUCGAUUUAGUAAUGAAAGUAGUUAAGCUCACAGCACAAAUGUAUAAAGUAUGCUUAAGCACUUUUACUCCCGCCCCCUUAAACAAAUGGACCGUAAAGGUAGUGAAUAAUGAUGUGCUAUAUCAAAUAAGAAAUCAAAAUUUUAGAUCUUUUGGUUUUCAAAAAAAGAUUGUAUUCUAUUUUUAUUAUUUAAAAUUUUAUACAAUCCAACCUUGGCAAUCCUGUUCAGAGUUACACAGUUGCUUUCUUUUAUAAAAGCUCUCCCAUUUCUUAAACACAUUUUGACUCUGGCCAUUUCACAGCCACAUCUUAUGCCAGAAUCUGAGACAGAGUCCCAGAAGUAACCCUGUGCUGCAUUGUAGCUAGUAAUCAUGGCUAGCAUCAGUCCCAUUCAUUUCAAUGGGACUUAAGUAUGACUGUCUCUGGAUUGACGCCUCAUCCCAGUAAUUCAGAUUGUCUAGUUGAGAAUGCCAUUAUAAUGGAUUGCCUUAUAUUGAAUCAGACCAGACCCACUGAGCUCAGUACAGUCUACAGUGCCUGGUUGCACCUCCCCCAAGGACUGGGGCAAUGGCCACUUGCAGCCAUGCUGGUCGAUGUCAGGAGUUGUACCUGGAAUCUUACAUGUGCAUAUGCUCUACAUUACAGCAUUUGCACCUAGCUCUGAAGUCUUAAGAAAAAAGAUGCAGUAAACAUUGCAGCACAUUUCCCAAAGUCCUUUCAUCCAUCUGUUAAAAAUGAACCACAUUCAUCAUCUUGAAAAUGUGGCUGAUUCAUACCAGGAUGAAUGUAUACAUUUUUACAGGAGAGUGCUGCCGAGAGGUUAUAUUUCUUUGCAGUUCGAUGGUUUCUUGUUCUUAUACAUGAGCCAUAUGUGACCCCCGGAGGUGCAGCAUUUGUUUUUAAUGGCUAAAUAUCCUGUGAUCUCAAUCUCACCAUGUAGGAGAAUAAAUUUAUAACAACAAGUAACCACUAAAGAAUUUUGAGAUAGAGCAAUUGGUCCACGGAGUUGCCACAAAAAACAAAUUGCCCACCUAUCCCCAGCUGUAAUGAAUAGAUAGAAGGUCUUACCAUAUGAAUGGCUGCCAUCAUGUGGAAAGAUACACACGCAUGCACACAUGCAUGUGUGCACAGACACACACACACACACACACACACACACACACACCCUAUAUACUUUUUGAAGAGAGGAGUGAAGCCACUCCACAAGUGUGGCUGUCUGUCAUAGCUCAUGUCCUCUACUUUGGAGGAAGAGUCUUAGGAUAUCAAGGAUCCUGGGAUGUCUCAGGAAACAAUCAUCAGGGAACUCUCUCCUAACAAGACUUCCACAAAUAAGGAGAGAGAGGAACACCAAGAGACCAUGCUUUCUUUAGCUCCCACCUUGGGAACCCCUGCUAUCUUUAGAUACUUCGCUCCUCAGAAACAAUCUCUGUUCCUGGUAUCCUACCUUCAUCCCUAAGGCAGCAUCAGAUAUGUCAUGAAAUGUACUGGUUACUCCAGAGAGCACUCGCUUUGGUGCCAGAUCACCAGGAAGGUAGGACCAAGACCACACACCUCCCUCGGCAGGAAUUAACCUCUCAUUGGGCUUCCGACCGGUGCUGGAGCAACACUAGGCUACCUUCUUGUUGCCUUUAGCCUUCUCCAGCUCCACUAUGCUAUCCAAAGUCCUAACACCCUUGCUGGACAUCUUACAUACCUGAUCUGUAUCUUAUAUUCACCAUUCCAUGGAGAAUGGUUGCUCCAUGAAUCCACCUAUUUUCAGGAUUUCAAAGUACUCUCUCCAGCUCUACCAUCACUCCACAGACCUCAGCUUUGAACAGGAGACAGGCCAUCUUUCUAUAUGUUACACUGGAAUGUGCAGAAUUUGCCAUGGGUCUGUCAUUUCCAAUAACAUCUCUGCAGGCAGAUUAAUAUAUGACCUUGCUCCUAAUGUCAUCAUGAGUUCACCCUACAAUUGACACCAUUCACAGUCCAUUUCUUUUGAACAUUGGUCAUUGAUUUAUGUAGACAACAUAGGAAAAUACAGUAAUACAUUUCUCUUGUGACUCAACUUGUUCUUCUUAGACCCAUACUAGCAUCACUUUAGUGCACUUAUCCUGUUCUAGCAUGCCAGGAUUGUUACUGAACCUUUCCAAUGUAGCGAGACAUUCAUAAAACACAGGGCAAUCACUUCCACCUAAUUAUGCUAUAUGUAAAUAUAAUAGUAUUACCCCAUAUAUCCCAGUUCAGAGAAUCUGCUACAUCUAACAUCUGCUUGGUAGAGUUGAGAUAGAUGGCAGAACAGAUGGUAGCAGACUCUAAGAACCACAGUCAACUUUAGUAUUUGAGUUGCCUACCUCUAAAAUGAAUUCUUAUCCCACAGGCAUUUGUAGUAAAGCGUUAUAGGACUGACCACCACUAGUUUGCCCUGUACAAUGGACUCUAACCACAUUUUGGGCAACUAGAAAUUUUUGCUUUAUAGAUACUGCCUGGUGUGUUCCCUGCUUAAUAAACCUUUUCUAUGCUUCUCAAGCAUUUAAAAAAACAACAGUAAACCAUUUCCACAUUUCACAAUUUCUCAUAGAACUCUACGAACUAUCUGUAAUGGUUGUUGUUUUUUUAAAGCUCUCUAUAACUAUUCAUCAUAGUGAUGUGGGCUUGGUUCUGUGUAGAGCAAUCUGACGUUGCUUGAAUAAUGCCUGUAGAAAGGAUCCACAUGGACUGGAUCCAGUGUUCCCUCUAAGGUGUGUGCAUGUACACACACACACAAGUUUUUUAAUAUCCAGUUAAUUUUAGAUCCCACUCAGGUUGAAUGAGGAAGGCCCCACUCUGAAUGCACGUGUGCACAUCUGCCUUGAUACUGCUGCCUGGAACAAAACUCAUUCCUCAAAUAAAUGAAAAAAAAUUAGAGGGAACAUUGACUGGGUGACUCUUUUUUUAAUAUCAGCAUUGUCACUCCUGGGGGGUUGGAGGGGGCAAUACUGGUAUGAGAAGGCACCACCUUUUUUGGCCUAAGUCAAGUAGCUUUUUUCUAUAGCCAUCCUGCUAGAGCAGGAUGGGACCCAGCUGCAUUGAAACAGCGCCACUGUUUUCAGUGGAUGCCAUUCGGCUAACAUAUUACUUAACCAUAGCGGUAAUAAAUGAAACUUAUUAAGAGAGCAAAUGAUGUUUGCAACUAAAGAAUGCAUCACCAUAUUGAGUUUCUCCAGAGAGAGAAAUGUUAUGUCCCCUACAGAAUGGCACCCACCAAUAGCAUGUUUGAUGAAGAAGCCAGGUGCUAUGCAGUGGUCAUGGGUCCAUCUUCCUGUCCUGAAGGAGGUAUUGACUGGUGAUGGUAGGUAACAUGCAUCCAUUUACCAUGUUUUAGUCAAAGUUCAUAGAUUAGCAUGUGAGCUAAAUCAGGGAUGAAUUUGUCCAGUCAGACUUAUCUGUUUAUUUUUCCACAGUAGGUAUGGUUAUUGCUUUGUGUGAGAUGUGCACAUAAUACUCAAAUAUUCCCUAAAGCUUGAAAUGUCUCUUUUUCACACCUCACAUUGUCUUGGAAUGUGAAGGAGCUAUUAAAUCUACAGAGCGUGUUGAAUUUUGGAGUUAGGAAAUAAAAAUUUCAAAACCUG